AUGUCCGGCACCACGUCGCAGGCGGAGCCCGUAGACUCCACGGCGCGCGCCGUGCUGCUCAACCGGCCCCAGACCACAAAGUUCUGCGACAACCACGUCAGUACCACCAAGUAUGGAGUGCUCUCUUUUCUUCCCCGCUUUAUGUACGAGCAGAUCAGGAGGGCAGCCAACGCCUUCUUCCUUUUCAUCACACUCAUGCAGCAAAUCCCCGAUGUAUCGCCGACCGGCCGCUACACCACGCUGGUGCCACUCAUCUUCAUCCUCACUGUGGCCGGCAUCAAGGAGAUCAUCGAGGACUACAAAAGACAUAAAGCGGACAACACGGUCAACAAGAAGAAGACCACAGUGUUGCGUAACGGAGCCUGGCAGACCAUCAUCUGGAAGCAGGUGGCAGUAGGAGACAUAGUGAAGGUGACCAAUGGCCAGCAUCUACCGGCGGACAUGGUUAUUGUGUCGUCCAGUGAACCUCAGGCAAUGUGCUACACAGAGACCUCCAACCUUGACGGGGAAACUAACCUGAAGAUACGGCAGGGUCUGUCGCUGACGGCGGGCAUCCAGACGUUGGAAGACCUAAUGUCCUUAUCUGGCGUUUUGGAGUGCGAAGGCCCCAACAGACAUUUGUACGACUUCACCGGCACACUUCGACUGGAAAAUCAAAAAGCUGCUCCUCUAGGCCCAGACCAGGUCCUGCUACGCGGCGCCCAGAUCCGGAACACUCAAUGGGUCGUGGGGAUCGUCGUCUACACGGGUCAUGACUCUAAACUCAUGCAGAACUCCACCAAGGCGCCUCUAAAGCGCUCCAACGUCGAGCGGGUGACCAACAUGCAGAUCCUGGUGCUGUUCGGUAUCCUUCUGGUCAUGGCCUUGGUCAGCUCCGUGGGAGCCGCCAUUUGGAAUCGGCAGUACACCGAAGAGGCUUGUUGGUACUUGUCACGACAAGGCGACAUCUCCACUAACUUUGCAUACAAUCUGCUGACGUUUAUUAUCCUGUACAACAACUUGAUCCCCAUCAGCCUGCUGGUCACCCUGGAGGUGGUCAAGUUUACACAGGCCCUCUUCAUCAAUUGGGAUGUGGAGAUGUACUACGCCGAAACGGACACGCCUGCGAUGGCUCGAACAUCUAACCUGAACGAGGAGCUGGGCCAGGUGAAAUAUCUGUUUUCGGACAAAACUGGAACGCUCACCUGUAACGUCAUGCAUUUUAAGAAGUGCACCAUAGCAGGGAUCACUUACGGCCACUUCCCCGAUCUCGACUGCGAUCGUUCCAUGGAGGACUUCAGCAAUCUGCCAUCCAGCAGCAACAACUCAACAGAAUUCGACGAUCCGACACUCAUCCAGAAUAUCGAAAAAGACCACCCGACGUCCCCUCAGAUCCGCGAAUUCUUGACCAUGAUGGCCGUGUGCCACACGGUGGUCCCCGAGCGCGACAACGACCAAAUCAUUUAUCAAGCUUCUUCGCCAGACGAGGGCGCUCUGGUCAAGGGAGCCAAAGGUCUCGGCUUCGUUUUCACUGCUCGGACACCAGAUUCUGUGAUCAUUGAGGCCAGAGGGAAGGAGAUGAGUUACCAGCUGCUUAAUGUGUUGGAGUUCUCAAGUAACCGCAAGCGAAUGUCCGCGGUUGUGAGGACGCCCAACGGGAGGCUGAGGCUGUAUUGCAAAGGAGCGGAUAAUGUGAUAUUUGAACGUCUGACUGAGGACUCCCAAUACAAAGAAUUAACCAUCGCUCACCUUGAGCAGUUUGCUACAGAAGGUUUGAGGACUCUGUGUUUCGCCUACGUGGACCUGCAGGAGGACGCCUACCAGGAGUGGCUGAAGGAAUACAACCGGGUUAGCACCGUGCUUAAGGACAGAGCGCAGAAACUGGAGGAGUGCUAUGAACUUCUGGAAAAGAACCUGUUGCUACUUGGCGCAACAGCCAUAGAGGACCGCCUCCAGGCAGGCGUCCCCGAAACCAUCGCCACACUGAUGCGGGCCAACAUCAAGAUCUGGGUCUUGACCGGAGACAAGCAGGAGACGGCCAUCAACAUCGGCUACUCGUGCCGACUGGUGACGCACGGCAUGUCCCUCAUCAUCGUCAACGAGGACUCCCUGGAUGCGACCCGCGCCACGCUGACCGCCCACUGCUCCAGUUUGGGCGACUCGUUGCGGAAGGAGAACGAGCUUGCGCUGAUUAUCGACGGCCAGACCCUCAAGUACGCGCUAUCCUUCGAGCUGCGGCAGGCCUUCUUGGACUUGGCCUUGUCUUGCAAGGCGGUCAUCUGUUGCCGAGUGUCGCCGCUGCAGAAGUCCGAGAUUGUGGACAUGGUGAAGAAGCACGUGAAGGCUAUCACGCUGGCCAUCGGUGACGGCGCCAACGACGUCGGCAUGAUACAGACGGCGCACGUCGGCGUGGGCAUCAGUGGUAACGAGGGCAUGCAGGCCACCAACUCCUCUGACUACUCAAUUGCACAGUUCUCGUACCUGGAGAAGCUGCUGCUGGUCCACGGCGCGUGGAGCUACAACCGCGUCACCAAGUGCAUCCUCUACUGCUUUUACAAGAACGUGGUGCUCUACAUCAUCGAGUUGUGGUUCGCCUUCGUCAAUGGCUUCUCGGGUCAGAUCCUGUUCGAGCGCUGGUGCAUCGGCCUCUAUAACGUGAUAUUCACGGCCCUUCCUCCGUUCACUUUGGGCAUUUUUGACCGGCCGUGCAGCCAACAGAACAUGCUCCGCUUCCCUCAACUCUACCGGAUCACCCAGAAUGCCGAAGGUUUCAACACUAAGGUGUUUUGGGGUCACUGCAUCAACGCACUGAUUCACUCCAUAAUUCUCUUUUGGUUUCCUCUCAAGAUGUUAGAGCAUGACUCGCCCUUCAAAAACGGUCAAGGGAAUGACUACCUUUUCGUCGGAAACAUGGUCUACACCUACGUCGUGGUCACUGUGUGUCUGAAAGCUGGAAUGGAGACCACUGCUUGGACCAGGUUCUCCCACCUGGCCGUCUGGGGAAGCAUGCUGAUGUGGCUGGUCUUCUUCGGGAUCUACUCAGCCAUUUGGCCCACCUUCCCCAUGGCCCCUGACAUGCUGGGUCAGGCCGGAAACGUGAUGCAGUGCUGGUACUUCUGGCUCGGUCUCCUCUUGGUUCCCGCCGUCUGUUUACUCAAGGACUUUGUUUGGGCUGCGACGCGCCGCACGGUGAGGAAGACAUUGCUGGAGGAGGUUCAAGAACUGGAGGCGCGCGCUGUUGACCCUGGAGCGGCGGUUCUGAGGGAUGCCAGUGGACGAAGUCUAAACGAACGUGCCCAUCUGCUGACAAGAGUCUUUAGGAAGACGCCCUCCAGCAUCGGACGCUCCAACUCGCUGCAGCAGCCCGUGACGCACGGCUACGCCUUCUCCCAGGAGGAGCACGGCGUGGUGUCCCAAUCGCAGGUGGUGCGCUCGUACGACACCACCCGCCAGCGGCCUAGUAUCUAA